AUCAAAGUGACCAUGGUGAUUACAUACCUCCUUUUGAUGGCUGGUGAGAUCUCUAAGAUAUAUUAAUGUCUUUUGUGGGGUGCAUGUGGUGUUAGGGAAGAGGUAGGACCUCUGGUGGGGGACAUGUCAUACUCCUCCUGGGGUCAUUUGUCCACCUUUGGUCCCCACCCUGCACUCAGCUCUCACCUGUGGCUCCUGGAAACGGCUUUGAUUGGCCAGUUGAACCAUGUGAGGGUAGUUGAUGGGUCUCGGACCUUCAGUGAGUUAGGGACUUCCCCUGCAUGUGAAAACAGGCUCUGUCAGAUUGAGCAGACGAGGCCAUAGUGGGUCCAACGGUCAAGAAGGCGGUUUCUGCGCAUGCUGUAGUGGGAAGUAAGGGGCAGGUGAGGCUUGUCAACCUGGGAAGGUAGCCCAUUUAGGAGAAGGAAAGUUCUGAUCCUAAACUUUUGUGUUUGGAUGAAAUGUCAGAAAUCCUCAAAGGAAAAUCUUUGUCAGACAUCCGCCACCUGAGUUUGGAACUGAUGGAAACCUGAUUUGAAUGUUUUAAUAUUACAAUGGAGAACAUAUAGCCCUCCAGAUGUUGAUGAGCUACAACUCUCAUCUACCUUGACCAUUGGCCACGUUCACCAAUGCAAGUUGGAGUCCAACAACAUCUGGAGGGUGAUCGGUUCCCCAUCCCUGUGCUCACUUAAAAUCUCACUGACUUGUACCAUGUACUCACUAGGUGACCUUAAGCAUUCGAUUAUUAUCUAAGCCACAUCACCUGAAAUAUAAAGGUACAGUGGUACCUCUGGUUUCGAACACUUCUGGUUACGAAUGCUUCAGGUUACGAGCUCCGCUAACCCGGAAGUAGCUGCUCCUGGUUGUGAACUUUGCCCCAGGAUGUGAACGGAAAUCAUGCGUCAGAGGUGUGCUCGCAACGGGAGGCCCCAUUAGCUAAAGCGCGCCUCAGGAUAAGAACUGUUUCAGCUUAAGAACGGACCUCUGGAAUGAAUUAAACUCAUAACCAGAGGUACCACUGUAAUGGUCCUGGCACAGGGGCUAUUGGAAGUUUUACUGAGAUAAUAUGUGUGAAAAUGGCUUGGAAUUCACCUACGGAUGCUAGGAUGUUAAGCUGCAUUGUCUGAAAAUGUGAUUUCCUAGUAUGUUUUGAUAUAUUUUGUGCUAUAGUAAUAAUAAUAAUAAUAAUAAUAAUAAUUCAUUAGUUAUACCCCGCCCCGCUGGGCUUCCCCAGCCACUCUGGGUGGCUUCCAAAAGAAUAUUAAAAUACUCUAAAACAUCAAACAUUAAAAGCUUCCCUAAACAGGGCUGCCUUCAGAUGUCUUCUAAAAGUCUGGUAGUUGUUGUUCUCUUUGACAUCUGGUGGGAGGGCAUUCCACAGGGCGGGCGCCACUACUGAGAAGGCUCUCUGCCUGGCUCCCUGUAACUUAGCUUCUCGCAGUGAGGGAACCGCCAGAAGGCCCUCAGAGCUGGACCUCAGUGUCCGGGUAGAACGAUGGGGGUGGAGACGCUCCUUCAGAUAUACUGGACCAAGGCCGUUGCAGUCUGAUCUCUGAUUCCAAGACACAGGUCACCUCUUUACAUGACAAUUAGUCCAGUCUCUUAUCUUGUUGCAUCCUUGAUGUGUCCCAGGUGACCGAGUGGCUAUUGAGCCUGGAGUUCCCCGAGAAACAGAUGAAUUCUGCAAAACUGGCCGAUACAACCUGUCCCCAAGCAUCUUCUUCUGUGCAACUCCUCCUGAUGAUGGGAACCUGUGCCGCUAUUACAAGCACGAUGCAAACUUUUGCUACAAGUUAGUUGCAAAUACCUGUUAUGGGAACACAUGCUAGCCAAAGGGAUUUUCUCCACUGAGUGUGGUUUUGCGCAAAAUGUUAUUGCUGAUCUUGAAGUCCAGAAGUCUGCUGGUCCGGAAGUCUUGAUCUUGCAUAUCUAGACUAUACAAUACCAUGACUGGGGUGACAAAUAAAAUGGGAAACAGUAUCUUAACCUAACAAGUGAAUAGGGAAAAUUGAGUGUGAUUUUUGCAGGUGCUUUCUUGUUUUUAGUUCUAAUUCAGGUGAUAUUUAAGAAUUCCUAUCAGCUUUUAUGGCCUCUCUCAUUGAUAUCUGACAGAUCAUUCUUUUAAAUGUUGCACUUUAGACUUGAAGCAACUCAACAAGACCAUUGUACGCCAUUACUAAUUAUGGUGGGCACUGUGUGUUUUGGGAUUAUGCAGAGAAUCCCAUUUAUAUAAAUGCUGAAAAUACAGUGUUCUCACGAAUAUACUUUUUUGGGGGGUGGCGGCUUUCUGUUCCCCUUUCUUUGCCAAGGGUCUUCAGUCAUAGAUACACAUUUUUGUAUUAGUUCAGUUAUGUCUUCUAAAUAUUUAUCAUGAGUUCUAGAGUAAAGGAAUCCCAAAAUAUGGUACUAUGCUAAUCUUACUCAGGCCCCAUCUGUACUAUACAUUUAAAGCAGUAUCGUGCUACUUUAAACAGUCAUGGCUUCCCCCAAAGUAGUUUCUUAAGGGUGCUGAAAACCAUUAGGAGACCCCUGUGCCCCUCUCAGGGCCUCUAACAGCUGGUAAUGAAUGGGAGGAUAAUGGAUCCUUACCCAACGGCUUCUCACCUCCUUCCUCAGAAAAACAAAGCUUUAGCCAGUGUUGAAGGGACCAAAAAACCCCCAACAACUCUGCCCUCCUUAGAUGAGUAGACUAACUUGUGAAUUUCAAGGCCCACUGGCCAACUUGGGAGGUCACAAGCAAUGCGUUUGUCAAAAUUUGCAGUAAGGAAUUUUGCUCUUUCUUUAGACACUUAACAGCUAUGCUUCAGCAGUUCUAAGGUUAAUAGGCCAAAUCCAAGUUAUUAUAGGAUGACAUUUCAAAGCAGAGGUGGGAACUUUGACCGGGUCUAAAUGGACUUGGGAGGAUAUUUGUUAUUCUGGAAUCUGCCUCUCUACUGGUGUUUCUGAUUCAGUAGAUCAGUGGUUCCCAGUUAGCCAAGUACUGCUGACUGCCUGUUUUCGAAAAGCCAAGCUGUGUGCCAGUAUGAAAGGUACCUUCUAGGAGCGACCCACCUGCUCACUUUUCCCACGUGGCCCCAAGGCCACUGCAGGAGGGGCUGCAGCCAUGGCAGGAGAGAUAGCAGCCCCCAUCUACCAAAGGUGACUGAGCUGAGCAGCCCUUCCCCCAGAUCCAGGGGCCACAAUCCCGACACCAGGCUCCUGCCCUUCCCUGCCAUGGGAUGCUUAAGACACUUUACAGGGGGGCCGCCAACCCCCUGGGUGGGUUAUGCAGACCCACCGGGGUCCACGGACCAUCAGUUGUGAACCACUGCGGUAGAUCAUAACUUUCUUCCAUUACCAUUCUGAUUUUUGUGUGUGACAUGUUUCUUUGCCUUGUCUUGCUGCAGACUUCCAGACAAUGUGACCUAUGAGGAAGGUGCCCUCAUCGAACCUCUUUCUGUGGGAAUCCACGCCUGCCGAAGAGCCGGAGUGACUCUGGGAAGCAAGGUCUUAAUUUGUGGUGCUGGUAUGGAAUACCCUGUUUUGCUGUUUUUCCAAGCUAAGUAGCCAUCUCCGAGUCCAGUGGGCAGUGCAUAAUGUUCACAUGGGGAUAUGUAGGACUUGCCGAUCAGAAGGUUGGCGGUUCGAAUCCCUGCGACAGGGUGAGCUCCCGUUGCUCGGUCCCUGCUCCUGCCAGCCUAGCAGUUUGAAAGCAUGUCAAAGUGCAAGUAGAUAAAUAGGUACUGCUCUGGCGGGAAGGUAAACGGUGUUUCCGUGCGCUGCUCUGGUUUGCCAGAAGCGGCUUAGUCAUGCUGGCCACAUGACCCGGAAGCUGUACGCAGGCUCCCUCAGCCAAUAAAGCGAGAUGAGCGCCGCAACCCCAGAGUCAGUCAUGACUGGACCUAAUGGACAGGGGUCCCUUUACCUUUACCUUUACCUUUACCCUUGGGCUGGUACAGAGAAUCCCGCUGGUGAUUAUUUUAAAGGUAAAGGGACCCCUGACAGUUAAGUCCAGUCGCAAACAACUCUGAGGUUGCAGCGCUCAUCUCACUUUACUGGCCAAGGGAGCCGGCGUUUGUCCGCAGACAGUUUUUCCGGGGCUCACUGGGUACCUAACACUACUGUAUAUUUGUCCCUAGACAAAGAACUUUUUAUUCUCCCAGGCCUUUUAAACUAUUUCAGCUGCUGUAUUAUUGCUGCUUUAUGCACUUAUUCUUAACAUAAAGGUAAAGGGACCCCUGACCAUUAGGUCCAGUCAUGGCCGACUCUGGGGUUGCGGCGCUCAUCUCGCUUUAUUGGUCGAGGGAGCCGGCAUACAACUUCCAGGUCAUGUGGCCAGCAUGACUAAGCCGCUUCUGGUGAACCAGAGCAGCGCACGGAAACGCCGUUUACCUUCCUGCCAGAGCGGUACCUAUUUAUCUACUUGCACUUUGACGUGCUUUCGAACUGUUAGGUUGGCAGGAGCAGGGACUGAGCAACGGGAGCUCACCCUGUCGUGGGGAUUCGAACUGCUGACCUUCUGAUCGGCAUGUCCUAGGCUCUGUGGUUUAACCCACAGCACCACCCAUUCUUAACAUGUUAGAAUUAAAAGCAGUAAAACCAAAUACCAUCCUCAAAUAUCCCUUCCUACAAUAAAAAAAAUAGCAUAACCGUAUCCAGCAGUUUGAACAAUUCCAGCAGCAUGAGGUAAACAAAGAACUGAACUAGUGACAGCCUUAAGUGAAGGAAUUUUAAAAGAGCCAGGUCUUCACCAACUACCUGAAGCAAUAUAGAGAUGAGGCCUCAUAGAUUCACAUGGCAAGGCAUUCCACAACAGAAAAGGCCCUACCCUUGGAUUGUGCUUUAAAAUUAUAUUCCAUUUUUCUUGUUUUGCUAAUGGCUGCGCCCAUGAUUUCUUUGCUUGCUAACCCCAACUACCGCAACCCCCUUGCCCAAGCCACCCACGUUUGCUCCUCACUAAAGCCACCCCUCCCCAUACUCCACACCAAAAUCACCCCAUAGACCUCGACAAACCUCUGCUUGCUGGCCUGGGUUGCCCGCCCACCUGAGUCCCUCCUCUUCAUCCCCCAGUGCUGUUGCAAUGGCCCAGUUUGUUGUCAGGGUGCAGUUUGCAGCGCCUCCUGUUGGCAGUCUCACAAACUGCAGCGUGACAACAUCCUUAGGAAAAUAUGUAUUAGGAAAGCUCUUCAUCUUGUAAACCAACCUGGAAACAAAUGUCAAAGGGUAGUAGAACACUUCCUGAUUUUUUCUUUUGCUCAUCUUCCAGGACCUAUUGGACUUGUGUCUUUGCUUAUUGCUAAGGCAAUGGGGGCUGCACAAGUGGUGAUAACAGGUAAGUUAGAUUUUCCAACUCUUUGACACCUUGUGCCGUAAUGACACUCACUUUGAUCCCCUGGGUUUACAUGGCGUUAAGUACUAGGGUUGUCAUGGCAAGUGCCAGGAAAAAAUGAAGUGUAAUGUGCUUAACUGCCCCUUGACAGUUAGGCCCAGUUCUCAGAGACUGUGGAAAAAGCAAAAGUGUUUGAUUAAAACUUUGGUGUUAUCUCAAUAUUUUCUACUCGUGCAUAUCACCAGAAUCAGGCAAGCCAGUGGCCAGUCUCAUCUACACAUGAAGAGUCAAACUCCCAGAAUAAUAAUUUACAAACUAGGACCAGUUAGCAGCAAUUAGCAUUUUUCAGGAUUCCUGCAGAUUAUUCUUGCAGAAUUCCUUGGUGUUCUUGGUUUCAUGAGGAGAGAGCAGGAAGCUCAGAAAUACGAUAUGAUAUCUUUAUUGUCAUUGUCCCAUGCAGAACAAUGAAAUUGAAGUUCACUGAUUUGAAGUCUUGGUUGAAGCCUCAACUACAAGAAGUCUUGUGGUUCUUUAAAAAAGGUCGACCAUUGGUGGGAAAAGGGUUCUGGAUUAGGUGGGCCUAUUCCCUGACUGAGGAAGGUUGUUCUUAUCAUCUUUGUCAGAUGCAUUGAAUAUUAUCCAAAGCUGGCAAAUAUAUUAACCCAUGUGGGGUGGGGGUGAAAAUGCAGCUAGGGUCAAAAUACCUUGUAAAGCAAAAGGUGAGAUGAUGUUUCAGUACAAAGCUCAAAUAUGCACAAGAUAAGAACAAUUUAUCAGCAGAUUUGAUUCUGUACUCUGUGUUUUGUUAAUAAUUGCUCAACCCAAAGGAUAAGGAACAGGGGGAAUAAGAAGCCGCAGCCACAUUUCACAUUGCAUACGUCCAAGUUACAUAUGCAGUCCUCUCUCUCGCUUCACCCACUUCCAAGAUUCGCCCAGCUUCAAAAACCAAAGGCUUAUUUCAGAAACCCAGAAUACAGACCUACAACUCUCAGCACCCUUAACAAAUUAUAGUUCCCAGUUCCUUUGGGGGAAGGCAUGUGCUUUAAAGGGACAUGGGUGGCGCUGUGGGUUAAACUACUGUGCCGCUUGGGCUUGCCGAUCAAAAGGUCGGUGGUUCAAAUCCCCGCAACGGGGUGAGCUCCCGUUGUUCGGUCCCAGCUCCUGCCAACCUAGCAGUUCAAAAGCAUGUCAAAGUGCAAGUAGAUAAAUAGGUACCCAUCCAGCGGGAAGGUAAACGGCGUUUCCAUGCGCUGCUCUGGUUUUGCCAGAAGCAGCUUAGUCAUGCUGGCUACAUGACCCGGAAAAACUGUCUGCGGAAGCGGACAAAUGCCAGUUCCCUUGGCCUGUAAAGCAAGAUGAGUUCUGCAUCCCCACAGUCAGCCAUGACUGGACUUAAUGGUCAGGGGUCCCUUUACCUUUACCUAUGUGCUUUAAAUGUAUGGGGUGUGCACAUCCACAGUUACCUGCAUGCUGCUCUGAUGCUAUCCUUGCCAUUGUUUUUGUUAUUUGUCUUUCCAACCCCCCUAAAGAUUUAUCAGCUCCCCGCCUUGAAAAGGCUAAGGAAAUUGGGGCUGAUUUUGCAGUCCAGAUAAAGAGUGAGAGCCCAGAGGAGGUGGCCCACCUGGUGGAACAAGCACUUGGUUGCAUGCCUGACAUCACGGUGGAAUGCACCGGAGCCCAGGCCGCUAUCCAGACGGGAAUAUAUGUGAGUCUCUCUUAGCUCACCCGCAUUAAUUUUUCCUUGCAAUGUAGAGAUUAUUGCUUUUGGAGGAAAUAAGAGAAAACACACAUGGAAAUUAUCCUUUUUAUGCUGAGAGAUCUUUAUAACAGCAUCUGACAAAUGUAUUGUCUGUGAUGAAGCUGCCUGUUGUGAUAGGAAUUUCGAGGUCUUAGAUAUAUGGUAAUGUACAUAACCGCACAUACAUAGAUCAGCACAGGAAGACCGACCUGAAGCCAUUUUGACUCCUAAACUGAGCAAAUGUUUUCUCUGCGAGGUCAAAGUUGGAAAGCCUCCCCAUUGUCUUUUCCUUCACAAAUCCUGUCUUAAGGGUAUGUCUGUGUUUGAAUAGGGUGUAAGCCUGUGACCUGGCCCAGGAACUAAGUAUUUAUCAUUACAAAAGACUGGCCGGGCUCCCCAGGCAAUCCAAUCAAGUAACCUGCCAGACAGGAGAUAAACAAGGACAGGAGAAAAACAACAUUCAAAUUUCUGUUUAGACUGCCUUUUCUGUGAUGUAGGUAUGAUGUAUCUGAGGGGUGGUCUUAGGUUACACCCCUUCUGUGAUGUAUGUAUGAUGUUUCUCGGGGUGGUCUUGAUCUACAGGGUGGCAAUUUCAAAAGUCUUUAUAAGGCCUCGCGGGCCAUUUUUCUGGGUUCCUCCUCCUCUCCUGCGGGUGAGGGGAGCACCCUGUUGCAACAGAUCAAUAAACAUCAAGCUUACUAGCUGCUUUGCUUCUCAAUAUUCUCUGGUUGGCCUCUGUUAUUCUCUUCUACUAAUAGGGAACCUAUGUAAGGACUCUAUAUGGGCUCUUGGAUACCCCAUAAGGGAAAAGGGCAAUUUUUUGUUUACAGCACUGUCAUUUAAGAACUUCAAAAAGUUAUCCAGGGGACCCCAACCUCCUGAGGUUAGGUGAGAUUUUUGCAUGCAUCGUCUGCUGCUGUUUCUCUUACAAGCUAGUUUGCACCGACGAAGCUGCCCUAAGAUCCUCACCUCGGACUUUGUCCCAGUUUGCAAGGCUAGAAAGAGUUCUCCCCAAGUAGACGGAAAGAGUCCUCUCAUGUCAUCCUUGAUUGGAGAUGCGCAUUUAUUUUGGGUCUCUCCUUUUGUCUUCAGGCAACACGUUCUGGAGGGACUCUGGUUCUGGUGGGGCUAGGACCUGAGAUGGUCACGUUGCCCAUUGUGAAUGCUGCUGUGCGGGAAGUGGACAUCCGAGGGGUAUUUCGAUACUGCAAUACGUGAGUAUUUUCUAGAGAUACAGAUGGUGGUUUUUUUAACUGAUGCAAGGAGGGAAAAGGGAAUGCCUCAAUUUUUCCCCUCCCCCCAAUUUUAUUUAUUUAUUUUGGUUAAGUAAGUGGUACAGCAAAACAACAACAACAACAACACAGAAAGAAAAAAAGAUUGAAAACAAUCCAAAAACACUGAAAGCAAAUAUUACAUACUUAUUAUAUAAUACUCCACCCAUCCACCCACAGCUUCCCUCCGCCACAAUUCAACUUCUUUGAAUCUCUAUUUCCACCUUUAUCUUUGCAUUCUCCAAAUGUAUCAUUCUUUGUAUUUCUUUUAUCUCUUCUCUUUUCCAAAUCAUAGAUAUACUUUACAUUUUUAUUCUAGGCAUAUUAGCAUAUCUUUCUUAGAACAAUAUUUUAACAUAUAAUCUUCAAAACAUUUCCAUUCCUUUUUUUAACUUGCCUCGUUUGUGAAAGAUAGAUUUUGACACAGAGCCUCACAUAAGGAUGAAUAUGUAGCACAUAAACUGCUUUGCAGAAUAUUUAAGCAGUGUCAGUGCGAGUUCAGAUAGGGCUAGCCAGUGAAAUCUGUAUAAGAGAUUUAGAGCCACCCUUAUCCCUCCAGUGAGCAACAGAGGGCCAAGGCGUUGGACAUUUGUAAAAGAGUCUUCUGGUGGUUGUUGUUGUUAUUUAAACAGCCACUGGGGAAAGUGCUUGAAUUUGGAUCAGGAGCGCAUUCAAGGGAAGGAGAGUUUUAACCAUUUCCCUCUGUGCUCUUUCCCCAUUUGUAAGUUGUUCCCCUCACUAUCAGCUGUUCUUUAACAGCUACACAUGAGAUAGGCUUGCAUAUCUCCAGUGUCUCCCUAAGCAUUUGGCCCAGAGUGCUGGGAGAGAAGAAAAUGAGGAUCUUAUCCACAGCACAGAGUUAAAACUGGGUGCAACUUUAUAGUUUGCAGAUGGGCUUGGAGUCUGGGGCCUCCCAGAACUUGUUCAACUGCAGCUUCCAUCAUCCCUCCCCAUUGGCCCUGCUGGCUGGGAAUGACAGAGUCCCAACAGGAUCUAGGGGGUCAUGGCUUCCCCACCCCUGGUUUAUAGCUGUCACAAAUCUGUGAUGAGGAGCGUGCAUUCUAUUGGAAUGUAUUUAUAUUUGGAAAACUGUAAUUUAAAAAAAUGAUCUAGAGGAGCUUAGAGAAGAAGAAAUUGCUACGUGUUUUAUUUUCAUUAUUUGAAACUAUUUCUUUAAGGGCAUUUCUACACAUUAGGUUUUUGUUGGGGGGGGGUUAGUCAUGGAAGCAGUUAGGGUACAAUCUGUAAGUGUGGUUUUCCCGUUCCUUUUGUGGUGGGUCCUCAUAGUGAUAAAAUAUGCACUUUUGAAGAGCAGGAAAGGCUGAUGAAAGUUUUUUUCCAUAGCGCUCAGAACUGUGGUGCAAAGUUUGUUUGUGUCAAUAGCUAGCUCACCAUGUUUUCAUUGUCAUUUCCUCCUAAUUUAUAGUUCAUUCUUCUAUCUAUUCUUACAUGCAACAUUGCUUGCUUCCAUACAUAUAUAAAACAUUUUGUGGUUGGGGGUUUGCAGACAAAUAAUGGAUGGGCCAACGCAGCGUUUGUAAUUAAUGCUGUAUUGGGGAACCAGAGUCACACUAGAGCAUAACCUUAAAAAAAUAUGAAUGAAAACUCAGGAGACAAGUACAGUGGUACCUCGGGUUACAUACGCUUCAGGUUACAAACUCCGCUAACCCAGAAAUAGUACCUCGGGUUAAGAACUUUGCUUCAGGAUGAGAACAGAAAUCGUGCUCCGGUGGCAGCAGGAGGCCCCAUUAGCUAAAGUGGUGCUUCAGGAUAAGAACAGUUUCAGGUUAAGAACAGACCUCCAGAACGAAUUAAGUACUUAACCCGAGGUACCACUGCAGUGAAAGUAAUGGAUGCAGUUUUAUAAAAGUUGGCAUUCCAGAGCCACAGGAGUCUGCUCAGUUUAUAACUGCGAACAACAGAGAGGAGUUAGUUCAUCAAACAAAUCUCAUAACUAAAGAAACAUGCCUCCUGUAGCUCUUUUAUCAUGGUGGUGUGAGCAGGAAGCAAAUGAGAAGAUAAGUUUGAAUAGGAACCAAACAUAAUUCAUUGUACAAUGCUAAUACAAAUGUGGCAUGCAGCUCAAUGUGAAAAAAAUAUGGUAACACCUAUAAAGGCAUUCAAUCUAGUGCCUGAGCUUACAAAGUUAAAAAGGAGGAGGAGAAAAUAGUGAACCAGCUAGUGACUUUAAAAAUGAUGUGAACUGUUGUUAGAGAAUGCCUUUGCUUCUUACAAUUAAUCACUUGACCCUCUGACAUUAAGAUGUCUCCAUAGAAACCAAACUAUGUUCCUACUUUCCAUUUUGGAAAGUUGUCCGUUGGCUGUGCAUUUCAACACCUCUUUAGAUGUAGUCACCAAAUUCUGCAUGAUGGUUCCUGAGAUCAAGGAGGAGGUUUUCAUCUCUGAUUGGAUACAACUGAACACCAUUCUGAAUCAAGAUGGCUGGCUCAGCCUUUGAAUACUGCAUUGUCUUUUUGGUCUCUUAGAAUUCCUGAGCAGAACAUUCUUAUAGAAGUUUUCGUAGAAUGAAUAAAAUUAAAACAAGUAAACCAUCGAGGCAACAGGGAAUUCAAUGGCAUGGCAUGUUUAGCUGGUCCUGGUGCUUGACACUACCAGCUGCUGCUGUCCUUCUGUCUCUCCAUUUGUUUCGCAAGAGGCUACUUGAAACUUGGUGCUUUUGCAAAUACCUUCCUUCUCUUUUCUUGCAGGUGGCCUAUGGCAAUUGCUAUGCUUGCAUCAAAAAAAGUGAACGUCCAACCACUGGUGACACAUCGCUUUCCUUUGGAAAAAGCUAUGGAGGCUUUUGAGGCCACCAAGAAGGGGCUUGGGAUAAAAAUUAUGCUGAAGUGCGAUCCUAGCGACCAGAAUCCUUGAAAAAAAACCAGAAUGCAACACUCUGCUGCCCUGCCAAUGAGGGUAGUUUGCUUCUAAAGGACACUCAGAGCCUUGAAACUGCAUCACCUAGGAAACAAAUUUCAGUGAAAUUAUAAACCUUAUGCUCUCUUACCUAGAAAAGUUAGCGCAAUUUGAUGAAAUGCUGAAAUCAGUAGGAGGAAUUUGAUUAUAGGUGUUAGAGCUGAAACACACAGAGCAGGCAUGGAGUGCCGCUUUUGCUGGGCAGUUCUGUUUUGCCCUGCCUGUGUGAGUUCCCCAGAUAACAAACUCUCUGGAUAAACAAAACUGUUAUAUCAAGGAGGAAGGCUCUAGCCUAACCACCUAGCUUUGUAUGUCUGGGGAGCUGUUUCAUAUGGCAGAACACUCAACUAUGCAGUACCCACCUGUCAUCUGAAGUAGCUCAGCCCAGAAAGAGCUGUACCACAUCACUGCUCUGAUUAUAUGUUUCUGCUAUCGGAUAACACUAUGGACUUGUUCCUCUCCUAAUCUCCCCCCUCUCACCCACAACUAAUGCAGAUUUCACACCCACUUAUAUUCAUUUCCUAAGCAGUCAGAACUUCUUUUUGAUAAACAUAUGUAGAUCCUAAGAACCUAAGAAGAGCCCUAGUCCAGAAUCUUAUUUUCCACAAUGACCAGUCGGAUGCCUAUAGGAAGCCCAGUAGGAAGUUGGUCACUGAGGACAGUAGACAGGGAACUCCUGCUAUUGUAGCCCAGAGACUGAAAUUUGGAGCCAUCCUGCCUCAGACCCUAUGGCCCAUUCAUCAACACACACACACACCAGUUACUUCUUUGCAUAUUUCUUUUACUACAGAACUUAGAUGUGAGCUUUUGAGCUGCUUUCUCUGUAAGAAAUGCCUGUGAUGAGUGAAGGAGAUAGAGUUGGGGGCAUUUGGAAGUUUGACUAGCAAAGUUACAUUCCAUUCCACAGAUAUUUCAUUUCUGGAUGAAGGCUACCCCCGAAUGUGACUAUUUCAGUAACAGAGGAAGUACUUCUCCAUUAUGCAAUUGUAUGUGCCCUAUGCUUGAAAACUUCUGCAAUUCCAACCUAGAUGGCUAUCUCUUGGAGUAUCUAGGCAUGGAUAAAUCUAUUGGUUUCAGUUUCUAGUUUUUCCAGUCCUUAAGUUCAUAUCUGCAUCACUUAGUGAUAUAUUUGGAAGUCCUUGUGGACAUUGGUCAGCACUUAAGUGCACAUUUCUCUUAAUAUACACAUUUUUGCAAGCAAUUUACCCUAAUAUUAUUUUCACCUGUUGUUUUCACUGAUAUAUGCAUUCUGUGCACAUUUUUUUGAUGGGAAAACUGCAUUGCAAAAUUCAGAUAUCAGAAAUUUGAAGGAUAGAUGCACCAUUUUGGGAAGUGUGAAUUGGAUAGAUAACCAAAUUUCUAGGAGCAUCUCAGGGACUUCAACCAUUUAUUGCCACUAGGAAACAAAAGCAGGGGAUGUUUGGUGCUUUGCCUGUGCACAGAUUCCCUGUGCAAACAUAUCUCUCGUGUUCAAAUAUUCUGCAUUGGAAACCUGCAGGGAUUACCUAAGCCCUUGCUUUUCCACAAGUGCUGUAAUGAGAGCCACUUCCUCAUUGUAUCAAAGGCUUGAAAGGCAUGUUGACAUGCUUCAGCAAGCAGCCAGAUUAAAGGCUGGACUGUAAUUCUGAAGUGUGAAGUGGCCACAUACUUAACUGACAACCCAAGAUCCUGUGCCUUCAGCAAGGGCCUAGGGCAGAAACCACUAAUUAUAUAUUUCAUUCGCUGGGGUCGUGUUAUACUGAGUCUGUCUUCCACUGGGCUGCCUCUGUUCACUGACGUACCUUGAAAAGGAAAUGCAAAUAGGCAGAGUCUGUUGGAAGGGACUGGAGAAACCACUCUGACUGCUUUGAAUUUUUAGGAAAUGUUAUUUUGUUUUGAAACUCGAGAGUAACUUGGAAAUAAAGUAGCUGUAUUGAGCAGA